AUGUCGUCGAAAUACGGAUGUCCAACUUCUGACUGCGAUCCAAAUUCAGUCACCGUCAUCUCAAAACGUGGACCACAACAAAAGACUUUGAAAUCCGCAUCAGCUCUCAAUGCUGCACAAAGAGCUGGAAUGCAGAUUGAAACUGAAAAGAAAAUGAUGUCUGGUGGAAAUCGUCAACAUACAGCCCAUAAAAAUACCUUGAGAUUAGAUGAGGAAACCGAGGAACUUCAUCACGAAAAAGUCACUUUGUCCUUGGGAAAAGUUAUGCAACAAGCGAGAGCUACAAAGGGAUGGACACAAAAAGAUUUGUCGACUCAAGUUAAUGAGAAACCACAAGUUGUUUCGGAGUAUGAGAGUGGAAAAGCGGUUCCAAAUCAACAAAUUUUGGCGAAGAUGGAACGCGCCUUAGGAGUAAGCGGAUUUUAAUGAUUUAGAAACUAGAAUUAACUGAAAAAUUGAAAAUACCUAAUAUUUUGAACACAAAAACUCAUUUUUUUCAGGUAAAAUUGCGCGGAAAAGACCUUGGAGCACCACUUCAUGCCGCUAAACCAGGUGCUGGCAAGAAGUAG